CCCACUGGCUGCCCGCCCCGCGCUGGCCGCGCCUGCCCCAGACCCUAUAAGGCCUGGCAGCCGAUAGCGGAGCCGGCAGCGGGCUGUGCCUCCGGGGCUCUGAAGGGCCCUCACGCACUCCAGCUGCUUAGAGUUUUAUUACCAUGUCCACCCACGAAGAAGGAGGACGGGAUCCUCCCAAACCCAAGGGCAAGACCCUGGGGAGCUUCUUGGGGUCCCUGCCUGGCUUCAGCUCUGCCCGGAACCUAAUGGCCAGCGCCCACAGCUCAGCGAAAGAGGCCCAGCCAGUCGCCGAUCCUGCAGGAGCCUCUGCCCAGCCCCAGACUGAGGCAGCCACCAACCUGGAGCAGACGGCCCAUGGGGAGAAGCUACCACCGCCUUCAGAUAAGAUGACCUCUGGGGCAAAGGACCCGGUGUGCUCUAAGAUGACCAAGACCAAGGGUGCCAUCUCCUCUGGGAUGGCCAACAUGGUGGACACAGCUAAAGGUGUCGUGCAGGGAGGCCUGGGCAUGACCCGGUCUGCACUCACGGGCACCAAGGAUGCAGUGUCCACUGGGGUGACAGGGGCAGCAAACCUGGCCAAGGGCACCAUCCAGACUGGCCUGGACACCACCAAGACCGUCCUGACGGGCACCAAGGACACCAUGUGCAGUGGGAUGACCGGUGCCAUGAAUGUGGCCAAAGGAGCUGUCCAGACUGGCAUGGACACAUCAAAGACCGUCCUCAUGGGCACCAAGGAUGCGGUGUCCACUGGGCUCACUGGGGCAAUGAAUAUGGCCAAGGGCACUGUUCAGACUGGCAUGGACACAUCAAAGACCGUCCUCAUGGGCACCAAGGAUGCAGUGUCCACUGGGGUGACAGGGGCAGCGAAUAUGGCCAAAGGCACCAUCCAGACUGGCCUGGACACCACCAAGACUGUCCUGACGGGCACCAAGGACACCAUGUGCAGUGGGAUGACCAGUGCCAUGAAUGUGGCCAAAGGAGCUGUCCAGACUGGCAUGGACACAUCAAAGACCGUCCUGACGGGCACCAAGGAUGCAGUGUGCAGUAGGAUGACCGGUGCCAUGAAUGUGGCCAAAGGAGCUGUCCAGGGAGGUCUGGACACCUCAAAGACUGUCCUAACUGGCACCAAAGAUACCCUAUCCACUGGGCUCACAGGAGCACUGGGUAUGGCCAAGGGCACCGUCCAGACUGGCAUGGACACGACCAAGACCGUCCUGACGGGCACCAAGGAUGCGGUGUCCACUGGGCUCACUGGGGCAAUGAAUAUGGCCAAGGGCACCGUUCAGACUGGCCUGGAAACCACCAAGAAUGUUGUCACAGGCACUAAAGAUGCAGUGUCCACUGGGGUGACAGGGGCAACGAACCUGGCCAAGGGCACCAUCCAGACUGGCCUGGACACCACCAAGACCGUCCUGACGGGCACCAAGGACACCAUGUGCAGUGGGAUGACCGGUGCCAUGAAUGUGGCCAAAGGAGCUGUCCAGACUGGCAUGGACACAUCAAAGACCGUCCUCAUGGGCACCAAGGAUGCGGUGUCCACUGGGCUCACUGGGGCAAUGAAUAUGGCCAAGGGCACUGUUCAGACUGGCAUGGACACAUCAAAGACCGUCCUCAUGGGCACCAAGGAUGCAGUGUCCACUGGGGUGACAGGGGCAGCGAACCUGGCCAAAGGCACCAUCCAGACUGGCCUGGACACCACCAAGACCGUCCUGACGGGCACCAAGGACACCAUGUGCAGUGGGAUGACCGGUGCCAUGAAUGUGGCCAAAGGAGCUGUCCAGACUGGCAUGGACACAUCAAAGACCGUCCUGACGGGCACCAAGGAUGCAGUGUGCAGUGGGAUGACCGGUGCCAUGAAUGUGGCCAAAGGAGCUGUCCAGACUGGCAUGGACACAUCAAAGAGCGUCCUGACGGGCACCAAGGACACCAUGUGCAGUGGGAUGACCGGUGCCAUGAAUGUGGCCAAAGGAGCUGUCCAGGGAGGUCUGGACACCUCAAAGACUGUCCUAACUGGCACCAAAGAUACCCUAUCCACUGGGCUCACAGGAGCACUGGGUAUGGCCAAGGGCACCGUCCAGACUGGCAUGGACACGACCAAGACCGUCCUGACGGGCACCAAGGAUGCGGUGUCCACUGGGCUCACUGGGGCAAUGAAUAUGGCCAAGGGCACUGUUCAGACUGGCAUGGACACAUCAAAGACCGUCCUCAUGGGCACCAAGGAUGCAGUGUCCACUGGGGUGACAGGGGCAGCGAACAUGGCCAAAGGCACCAUCCAGACUGGCCUGGACACCACCAAGACCGUCCUGACGGGCACCAAGGACACCAUGUGCAGUGGGAUGACCGGUGCCAUGAAUGUGGCCAAAGGAGCUGUCCAGACUGGCCUGGACACCACCAAGACCGUCCUGACGGGCACCAAGGACACCAUGUGCAGUGGGAUGACCGGUGCCAUGAAUGUGGCCAAAGGAGCUGUCCAGACUGGCAUGGACACAUCAAAGACCGUCCUGACGGGCACCAAGGAUGCAGUGUGCAGUGGGAUGACCGGUGCCAUGAAUGUGGCCAAAGGAGCUGUCCAGACUGGCAUGGACACAUCAAAGACCGUCCUGACGGGCACCAAGGACACCAUGUGCAGUGGGAUGACCGGUGCCAUGAAUGUGGCCAAAGGAGCUGUCCAGGGAGGUCUGGACACCUCAAAGACUGUCCUAACUGGCACCAAAGAUACCCUAUCUACUGGGCUCACAGGAGCACUGGGUAUGGCCAAGGGCACCGUCCAGACUGGCAUGGACACGACCAAGACCGUCCUGACGGGCACCAAGGAUGCGGUGUCCACUGGGCUCACUGGGGCAAUGAAUAUGGCCAAGGGCACUGUUCAGACUGGCCUGGAAACCACCAAGAAUGUUGUCACAGGCACUAAAGAUGCAGUGUCCACUGGGGUGACAGGGGCAGUGAACCUGGCCAAGGGCACCAUCCAGACUGGCCUGGACACCACCAAGACCGUCCUGACGGGCACCAAGGAUGCAGUGUCCACUGGGGUGACAGGGGCAGCGAACAUGGCCAAGGGCACCAUCCAGACUGGCCUGGACACCACCAAGACCGUCCUGACGGGCACCAAGGAUGCAGUGUCCACUGGGGUGACAGGGGCAGCGAACAUGGCCAAGGGCACCAUCCAGACUGGCCUGGACACCACCAAGACCGUCCUGAUGGGCACCAAGGAUGCAGUGUCCACUGGGGUGACAGGGGCAGCGAACCUGGCCAAGGGCACCUUCCAGACUGGCCUGGACACCACCAAGACCGUCCUGACGGGCACCAAGGACACCAUGUGCAGUGGGAUGACCGGUGCCAUGAAUGUGGCCAAAGGAGCUGUCCAGACUGGCAUGGACACAUCAAAGACCGUCCUCAUGGGCACCAAGGAUGCAGUAUCCACUGGGCUCACUGGGGCAACAAACAUGGCCAAGGGCACCGUUCAGACUGGACUGGACACCACCAAGAAUGUUGUCCUAGGCACUAAAGAUGCAGUGUCCACUGGGGUGAGAGGGGCAGCGAACCUGGCCAAGGGCACCAUCCAGACUGGCAUGGACACAUCAAAGACCGUCCUGACGGGCACCAAGGAUGCAGUGUGCAGUGGGAUGACCGGUGCCAUGAAUGUGGCCAAAGGAGCUGUCCAGGGAGGUCUGGACACCUCAAAGACUGUCCUAACUGGCACCAAAGAUACCCUAUCCACUGGGCUCACAGGAGCACUGGGUAUGGCCAAGGGCACCGUCCAGACUGGCAUGGACACGACCAAGACCGUCCUGACGGGCACCAAAGAUGCGGUGUCCACUGGGCUCACUGGGGCAAUGAAUAUGGCCAAGGGCACCGUUCAGACUGGCCUGGACACCACCAAGAAUGUUGUCACAGGCACUAAAGAUGCAGUGUCCACUGGGGUGACAGGGGCAGCGAACCUGGCCAAGGGCACCAUCCAGACUAGCCUGGAUACCACCAAGACCGUCCUGACUGGCACCAAAGAUGCAGUGUCCACUGGGGUGACAGGGGCAGCGAACCUGGCCAAGGGCACCUUCCAGACUGGCCUGGACACCACCAAAACCGUCCUGACGGGCACCAAGGAUGCAGUGUCCACUGGGGUGACAGGGGCAGCGAACAUGGCCAAGGGCACCAUCCAGACUGGCCUGGACACCACCAAGACCGUCCUGACGGGCACCAAGGAUGCAGUGUCCACUGGGCUCACCGGGGCAGGGAGUGUGGCCAAAGGGACAGUGCAGACCGUUCAGAAUUGGUUACCUGGUACCCAGGACAGUGGACUCCCCAGUUACAGUGCCCCAGACAAAGAAGGGGAGCAAACUAUCCUGAGACCCCAGGAGGCUCUGUCCUCUGGGGUAUCCAGCGCCCCAGACACUCUCUGUACCGGCCUGGACCUUGCCAGGGAAGCCACUGCCGUGGCCACGGGCACCCAUGGGGCCACCCUGGGCAGGGAGGAUGCAGGACACGAAGGAGCCGUGAGCUUUGCAACGCUCCAGGACGAGCUGGGGGAGCUGGGGGAUAUCUUCCACCCCAUGGAUGCCGGGGAGCAAGCUCGGCUUGCUGCGUCCGAACCCGAGCCAAAGGUGCUCACGGCCGACCGCGGCAGCUAUUUCGUGCGUCUGGGCGACCUGGCCCCCGGCUUCCGCCAGCGGGCUCUUGAGCAUGCCCUGAGCCAGCUGCAGCACAGCCAGUUCCAGGCCAGGGCUGCGCUGGCCCAGCUGGAGGACUCCUUCGAGCUGAUUGAAAGGGCCAAGCAGGCUCCAGAAAGCCAGCCAUGGCUGGACCAGGGUCCGAACAGCAGAGUGGAGGGAGCCGCUCCCCAAGAGGUGCCAGGCUCCAGGGCUCUGUCCAGGGCCUGCGGCCUCAUCCAGCAGCUCCACGUGGCCUACAGCACCCUGGCCUCCAGCCUCCAGGGCCUCCCCUCUGAGCUCCAGCAGCAUGUCGGGCAGGCGCGCCACAGCCUCUGUGAGCUCUACGGCCUCGUGUCCUCGGCCAGCUCCGUGGAAGAGCUGCCGGCACAGCGCCUGGCCCAGAGCCGCGGGGCCGUGGGCCAGGCAUGGCAGAAGCUGGAGCAGAUGCUGGAGAGUGUGCAGCACAGCCCGCCGCCCUGCUGGCUGGUGGGGCCCUUUGCCCUGCACCCCGCUGGGCAGCAGCUGUAGGUCCCUCCUGCCCACGGAGCCCUCCGCGGAGCCUUCUCCCCAGCCCAAACCAGUUCCAAAUCCCCGAAGGUCUGGACCCCGCACGCUGGCGCUGCCUAGCACCUGUGGGGGGCACCCAGGACUUUGAGUUCAGCCGCACCGCACACCCAGCUCUGGCCCUGCCUACGCCGUCCACCCUUUCUUCCCAAGCACCGCUGGGCCUUCUCCUGCCUCAGGGGCCCAGGGCUGCUAAGACCGCUGACAGAGGGCCUUCCCCUAAAGGUCUCAAGCAAGCACUCCAAUUAGAAAAGAGAAGUGGAAACAUGCCUAGGUCUAGAAGGUUCUCCAGUCAGCAGCCUCCACGAGGCACCCUUUCAUCUUUGGGGCAGCCUAGUCUAGGUCCUUUAGCUACGGGCACAGCAGGUGCUCCUCCAUCCUGGGCUCCUGGAGCACUGUCCUCACUCCAGAAGCAUACACCCCAGCCCUCAGCAAACCGUGUUCCAUUGUACCAGAAGGUACCAGAAUGCCACUGUCACCCGGCGUGGGCUCCCGCUGCCUCUGCUGACACCAGUGUGGCCUCGGCCCACCCCCAGAGCUGAUGAUUUGUGGUCCCCAAGGCCCCUGGGCUGAGGAAGGAACGAGAGGUGUUCCCGUGGGGGAUGGGGCCCUAGGGGGUAUAUGACAAAAUGUGCUCAACACGGUCCCACACUCACCCCAGGCUGGAGAACACGGGCUGGGACACACACAGCGUCCCCUCUUUCCCAGCCACACUGUCCCUAAAUGCCCAGGGCAGCCACGCGAGAUGGGUGGCGCGUGAGGAAGCUGAGGCUCCCCCUCACUGGACCUCCCCUGUCCUCCAGCUGGGGGGAGCCCUGCCAAGGAAGCCCCCGUAUCCCACCCACAACCCCCCAAUCAGGCUACCUCCCUCCCUUAAGGAGGGCUCGAGGUGCCCUCAUACCAGCCCCCUCUCAGAAACGAUGGAGUGUUCCAAGCUCAGGACACGAGGCCAGCCUUCCCCAAAGGGUCGUCAUUAGUUCCCCGGAGCCGGCCAUGGUGAGACGCGGGGACGGGUCCAGAAGCCUCUGGGGCCCCUUCCUCCUCGGUCUCUACCACAGGUGGAGGCGCUGGGCACAUGGCCGUUCACGCCAACUGAGCAGUCACUGGAGCUUCAGUCCAGCCAGACCAAAUGGGGGGGCGCCAGGCUCAGAAGUCCCACACCGCACCACGGCCCCAGCUAGGAUGGAGGCACUUGACGAGGGGCAGGGCGGAGGACACACGGUGGACCCCACUGCUGAUGCAGGUGCCUGGCUGGGAACCACAUACACGUCUGUCCAAAUCCAUGUGCUGGCCCUGGGAGCCUGGGGCCACUUUACAGGUGAGGAACGAGAAGCCCAGAAUGGGAGUGCCACUUGUCCAAGGUCACAGAGCAAGGCCUGCCCCCAACACUCACAUCCUCUGAACAUCAAGGACAACGGCCAGCCCACAGCACCCCCCAAAGCCUGAAUGGCUUGAAUGCCCUAAGCUGCUGCUUCUGGGGACCCUGGGUCUUCCCCGCAGCCCGGCCAAGAGCAGGAAUGGGAGCAAGGCCCUGCAAGAAUGUCUGGGCUCUAGGAUGCUGCACGCGAGAGGAUCAGACUGCAGCCUCUGCUUGAGCCUGCGUUACUUCUAAAAUGGCCUCCCACCUCCCCUCUCCCUCACCGUCAGCUCUGCAGGCCCAGGCCGGGCAGGGGCAGUGUCAGAACCGAGUUCACAUUCGCUGUGAACGGUGACCUUGUGGCUUAAACCCUCUGUCCCUGGAGGGGCCCUAGACAGCUACACCAGCCAUCCUAGAAAACCAAGCCAAUAAAAAUGACUUUCAUUAAAAAAA